UGCCAGAGGUGCGAGUGACAACACAUCAACGUGUUUCCAGUAAGUACGUGUGGUUGAACUUGAGGCUCCUUCACUGCAAGGACAGAGAAACAGAGAGAGAGAGAGAGAGAGAGAGAGAGAGAGAGAGAGUGGGGUGGGAGGAUCACUCACUCUCACUAUUUUACCCAUCAUCCACCAAAUCAGUCUUGAGUCUCAUUGCUGCUUGCUCAUCUCAUCUCAGAUAGAGACAGAGAUUGAAAAAGCAUAAUGACCAGAAUGCCCUCGAUGGCAUUAAUCCCCAAAUCCAAAACAAGAUGCAAGUCCUCCCUCCUCCUGACUAGUCCUACUGGUUGCUGGGACUGGCCGCCUCCCCUUCCCCCUUUCCCCUUCCCCUUCCCCUCUGCACUGCCAACGAUAAUCUCCAUCAAUUAAAAAAAAAUAAAGAAAUGGGUGAUCAUCAGACGUUCUGGUGCCACGAAUGCGACAUGAGCGUGAGCCUGGUGCCUUGUUCUGCCCAGGAGACUCUGCUCUGCCCUCACUGCUUCAGCGAUCUCUUGGAGCUCAUGGAUUCUUCGUCUUCUUCUUCUUCUUCUUUUUCUGACCAUCAGCACAACUCACAAGACAACUUCUUGCUCAACAGCCCAUUCCUCCACCGCCUCAUCCACCACCUCUCCACCCACCCCAUCAACCACGACGACCGCCUCCCUUCACCCACCGCCGCCGUCCCCCCUUCUUCUCUGCCUGCCUCCAAGGCCUCCGUCGACGCCAUCCCUACUCUCAAGAUCACCUCCUCCAUGCUCGAUCUCGACCCCCUUCUCCUCUGCGCCGUUUGUAAGGACCCAUUCCUUCACUCCGUCGACGCCAAGCAGCUCCCUUGCAACCAUCUCUACCAUCCCCACUGCAUUCUCCCCUGGCUCUCUUCCCACAGCUCUUGCCCCCUCUGCCGUUUCCAGCUCCCCACCGACACUCACCAACCACACCUACGACACCAAAACCAAAACACCCCCUUGCCCUUCGACGACGACGACGAUCAGUACGAUUGGUUCAUGGAAUAUGGAUCCCAUGGGGGCAGUCUCCGCCUCAGCUACAUUGCUGCCAGUGGAAGGCAAAUGGCCAACCCAGGAGAAAUGGCUGCCGCUGCCUCCCCCAAUGUCAAUGCCAAUGCCAAUGCCGACUCAUCUUUCAACGGAAAUUUGUAGUUAGAUCUGUUUUGAGGAAACUUGAGUGUCACCAUAAAAUUGAAGUGUAAAUCUGCAGAGGAUGGUUGUGCUACUUUUUCCUGUUUACCUUUUCCUUGGUCUAGGUCAACUAGUCAGCACCCUGAUCAUAUGUGAUAAUCGUGCAUUAUCCCCUCCCUUCUCUCCUUUACAGAGCUGGGGUUAAAGUAUGUGUAUACCUUUUUAGUCUUCAAUUUCAGUUAAUAAAUGGAAGGCUUGUCUGCCUUUUUGGUUUGUGAUGCCGCAAAGUUGUUUUAACCUCGUUUGUUCCUUGAAUCGGUCAACCUUUGAUCUGACUACUGUUCUGUGAUGUCGCUUAUUUCCAUCAUUCUCUUUAACAAGGGGAGUUUGUUACCUGUGGUGAUGUGUGUUCUGGAUCUGAAAAGUAGCAGUUCACAUUCCUUACCGGCUUAUCCACCCAGGAACGCAGCUUCGUUUCAUAAUCCAAAUAACAGGUUUUGGUGCCAGUUCUGACAUGAUUAGGUUUUAAUUGAAAGAUUAUCUCAUCGACUGUUAUGUACUGUAACUGAUCACGCUCUCAGCUCUUUUAUUAUUUUUUCUUUGUAAAUCUGUAUUUUUGGGGUGGGAAGGGAUGGUGUUUGAACAGAGUGAGGCAGCCUGUCCUAGUAUGUUUUAGGUCAAUAAAAGGAUUGUUGAAAAGUUUUAACAUGAAUAUUUGGAUUGACCAUUAACUUUUCAAGUGCGUGAAAGAGAGAAAUGCUGCUAAGCUGUCCCUAACUUGUGAGUUACGACUUCUGAGAGCCGUGGAAGCAAUUAGCCAAUCUUCCACACUUCAAUUAUUCUUCUGGAAACAGGCAGUAGCCGGUGGAGAUCAUCAUCAUCAUCUCCAUUUGGGGCUGCACAAGCAAUCUCCAUAACCGCCAUACGUCUGUUCCCAUGUCAUAGAUGUCAUCAAAGACGCGUAAAGUAAUAAUACCCAGAUUCUUUAAUCACGUGCUGCUUUUGAUCUCUUAUUAUAACUAUUAUCAAACAAACACAUCCUAAUCAAACUAACAAACACACACAUAAAGUCGCCAUGCGUACAAUCCAUUCAGGAGUUAUUUUAUUGACGCGGAUUAGGUGAUGAUGAGUAGUGCUUGCUUCCUCUAACAUGCAAACUAUUAGCUACUUUCGCUUGUCUUUCAUUCAUUGCUAUCUUGCAUCACUCAUCGCGUAACUUAUUAUGUCUUUUAUGUGAUUUAUUUUAUUUAUCGUGACACGUCAUCUUGAUUACGAUGAUGCAAAAACUGACCCAGUCUCUCUGCUCCUCCUUUGAUUACGGUGCUGGCUUGGGACUUAGGAAGACCGUCGAGAUUAGUUGCUUUACUUUUCAACUACUCCAACAUGGUCAACAUGAUAAAAACCACGUCAGCACAAGUUCUAGAUUGUGAGGGCAAGUCAAAGAGGUUGGCGCUUUCCAUAAUCAAAUCCGCAUGCUUCUCUUCUCAUGGAAAUUCUAUAAAUACCAUCUGUCGUACAUAGUUUUAAAUCCAAAUUCAUUCAUCACUUGCCAAAUUCCUCCUCCAGCCAAAUCAAAACAAGCUUGUCUGAAACAGAUAAUUAAGGAUGAUGACGAUUAUGGAAAGCAGCAUAGCAGAUGUCUUGGUGAAGGUAGCCAUGUUCAUACUGAUUCAGGGUUUGGUAUAUCUCAUCCUUUCCAACUCAUCAAACAUCUUCUCCAAAACCACCAGGAGAUCACAUAGCUUCAAACCAGCUCGCUCUGUAAGCAUCCGUCGGAUACUUGCUGCUCUUGCCGACUUACCCGCCGGCGGUGAGCUCUCUCCUUCAUCAAAUUAUUCAAGGGAUAAUUUGCAGUCUCCUCCUAGCCAGGAAAAUGCAACGCCUCGAUACUCCUAAUCAGCAUGCAUAUUCCAUUUGGAUUUUUGUACAAGAUUGUUAAUAUGUUUGCUUAAAUAUAUAUGUUUGUGAGUUUGAGAGAUUCAUUUGUUCUUUGAUUAAAUAUGUAUUCAGUAUUAUUGACAAUAGCAUUUUGAUACAA